CGUCUGACAGGAGUCUUUUGGACAUUCUCACACACACACACACACACAUUUGGAGUGUUGGUGGAGGAGGGGGCCGUGUGUUUAAAGCUUGCUGCUGCAUGUGUGAACUGAUGUCUUGGACGAUGACGAACAGCAACUCCCCCACAUUUCAACUCUGACCUCAAGGAUUGGAGGGAAAGAGUGAGUGAGAGAGAGAGAGAAGCAGAGGGAGGUGGGCCGGAGGACGUCUCGUUCCAGCCUCUUCAAGUCGGGAGUCAACUGUUCCUGAAGGAUCUCUGCUUUCUUUGCAUUCGCUGUACUCACUGAGGAGGAAAGAGCCUGCACAGAGAGUCCUGAUGCACAUGCAGACGUCAGACAAGUAAAGAAGUAAAGGAAAAAGAAGAAGAAAAGGUGUGAGAUCCCAGGGUCAAGCUGCAGCCAGACAGAGCCAGUGGAAUGGACCAAGGUUCCAGUUGGACUAAUCCUGGUGUUCCUGCAGUGCUAUCAGAGGAGGAAGGCUGAGGACCUGCUGCCACGACUGCAAGCCCCUGAAUGACGAUGAAUGGAGAUGUUCUUUAGCUAAAUCUCAAGGAAAACACUCAAGCACACCUCUGCGUGAGUCGGGGGGGACGACACAGGCCAACAGCUGGAGGAGGAGGUGGUGGUAGAGGAGGUGGAGGAGAGGAGCCAGGGGGCCCAGAGCACCACUGGUGCCACUGACCCCGAGGAGAGACACGGGAGCGGGCAGGACAUUGAGGAGGGACAGGGUCCACAGGAGGGCCCCGAGGGAGAGGGCGAGGUGGCGGGCGGCGGGCGGCGCAUGGCCGUGCAGAGGUUGGUGGUGGCGGCGGUGGUAGUGGCCCUGCUGUCCCUGGUCCUGAAUAACGUUGCCGCCUUCACCCCCAGCUGGGUCCUGCAAGCGCUGGAGGACGGACGCAAGCGGAGCGUGGGACUGUGGAGGAUGUGCCCCACUGGGGUGGAGAGAGGCCGGGAUGACCUUCAGGCUGGGAAGAGGGGGCAAGGGACACAGAGGCAGUGUGAAGGUCUGGGAUGGGGCUCAGAGUACGCAGGGUACCAGGAGUCCCGCAGCACUGUCAAAUUGCAGUUCGACAUGAUGCGAGCCUGCAACCUGAUGGCGACCGUGGCCCUGACUGCCGGUCAGCUGAUCUUCCUCCUCGGCCUGAUGGAGCUGCCGUUCAUCACGCAGGAAUCCCAGUGGUGGGAGGAAGCCAUCGCUGCACUCUUCCAGUUAGCCAGUUUCGUGCUGGUGAUCGGACUCGUGACCUUCUACAGGAUCGGGCCCUACACGCACCUUUCCUACUCCUGCUACUUGGACAUCGCCGCCUGCCUGCUGGCCACGAUGGCCGCGGCCAUGCUCAUCUGGAACAUUUUACACCGCCGCGACGACUGCCUCGCACCUCGAGUCAUCAUCAUCAGCCGCUCGCUGGCGUCGCCUUUCCACCCGCGGCUGGACAAUGACUAUGUGGAGUCGCCAUGUUGAGCCGAGUCAGUGAGAAGAGGACAUGCACCUGCAAUUCUAUACUUCCCAAUUCUACCCACCAUAAACCCCGAGAUGUCAAACUUGUUUUUGCUGCUUCGUGCCUAAAAGAAAAUGUAUAAAUGUCCUACAUUUACAAACAGAUCAUAUACUAUAUUAAUCCAGAGCUACACAUGGAAUUUGGACUUGGACUCUUCUGAAAAGAUCAAGCUGGAACUUGACCUACUUUGUUAUACAUAUGUGAACUUGUUCAAUGGCCUCCUGCAUCAUUAUUAAUUGGAAAUAUGAAAGACGUUACCAGAAUACCUCAUAUUUGUUUUGUUUUUUUCCUCAUUUUAAAGCUUAUUACAACUUUAAUACAUAGUGAUGUUAAUUAUAUAUAUAUAUUGCAAGUAAGGUGGUAAACCAGCAAGGUGAAAGCAGAAGACACCUUUUCAUUGGGCUCAGUUCAAAUCAGUGGCGAUAUUUAAAUCUAAAUAAUAGAGUCAUCGACUCUAUAACUCCCCUCUACAAAAACAGAAAAUUAAAAAAACUAUGCUAACUAUGGGAUGGAAUUUGAUUUACAAAUCUUGAAGCAUUGUUUGUUAAACUGGUCAUAUAAUGCAUUUCAUUUUUAAAAAUGGCACAUUUGAACACUUGCAUGAAAUUUUCUUUCCUUGAAUCUCUGCUCGCUUGUGGUACAUACUGUAUACUUAAAUUAAUAUAACACAGUUGUGUAUCAUUAGUAGUUUUAUUGUUGUCGUUGUGACCAUAUCAUUCUUUCGGCAAAGAAACUCCAGGAGGUCUGUGGGUCUUUCCACACUGUUAAACAUAGGGGCACAUUAAAAUAAUAAUAUAUCAUAUGAAAUAAAAUUCAAUAAAUUUA